AAACAUGUUAUAAUAAAGUUACAUCACGAUAAACAUGUUAUAAUAGAGUUACAUCAUGAUAAACAUGUUAUAAUAGAGUUAUAUCAUGAUAAACAUGUUAUAAUAGAGUUAUAUCAUGAUAAACAUGUUAUAAUAGAGUUAUAUCAUGAUAAACAUGUUAUAAUAGAGUUAUAUCAUGAUAAACAUGUUAUAAUAGAGUUAUAUCAUGAUAAACAUGUUAUAAUAGAGUUAUAUCAUGAUAAACAUGUUAUAAUAGAGUUAUAUCAUGACAAACAUGUUAUAAUAGAGUUAUAUCAUGAUAAACAUGUUAUAAUAGAGUUAUAUCAUGAUAAACAUGUUAUAAUACAGUUAUAUCAUGAUGAACAUCAUAUAAUAGAGUUAUAUCAU